AGCCGUCUCGGCCCGAGCCUCCGGGGCCCAUCGGCAGUGUACGUCGCCCCUAUGACGUCGCCUUCCGGCUCAUGGGUCGCCAUGGAUUCCUUGGAUGCUGGGCGCUUGGCGAGGAUCUGGGCCGGAGGGCUCUCACUUGGAAGCGACCGCACAGAAGCUUGGGAGGGCAAGCCACUGGAGAGAGGCGCUGCAGCUGUUCUGCGAGGCAUCCAACACACGUGCGAAGCACAGCCAAGGCUGCUGCGUUGCCGCUAUCAGCGCAUGUCGGAAAGGGCAGCAGUGGCAAUGGGCACUGUCGUUACUCAGCGAGUUGGUUGCAUCGACUAUUGAGGCCAAUGUCAUGGUCUACAGUGCUGGGAUCAGCGCUUGCGUGACAGGUCAGCAGUGGCAGCGGGCCCUGUCGCUGCUCAGCGAGAUGGUCGUGGCGAAACUUGAGCCCGAUACCAUCAUCUAUAACGCCGGGAUGAGCCGCUUGCGAGAAAGGUCAGCAGUGGCAGCGGGCCCUGUCGCUGCUCAGCGAGAUGGUCGAGACGAAGCUGGAACACACCGUUAUCAGCUACAACGCUGGGAUCAGCGCUUGCGAGAAAGGUCAGCAGUGGCAGCGGGCCCUGUCGCUGCUCAGCGAGAUGGUCGAGACGAAGCUGGAGCCCGAUUCAGCUACCGCGCUGGGAUCAGCGCGUGCGAGAAGGGCGAGCAGUGGCAACCGGCCCUGGCGCUGCUAAGCGAGAUGUGGGAGGCGAAGCUAGAACCCAACGUUAUCAGCUACAGUGCUGGGAUCAGCGCGUGCGAGAAGGGAGGGCAGUGGCAGACAGCGCUUGCGCUGCUGAGCGAGAUGUGGGAGGCGAAGCUAGAACCCAACGUUAUCAUCAGCUACAGCGCUGGGAUCAGCGCUUGCGAGAAGGGCGAACAGUGGCAGCGGGCGCUGGCGCUGCUGAGCGAGAUGCGGGAGGUGAAGCUGGAGCCUGGCGUCAUCUCUACAACGCUGGGAUCAGCGCGUGCGAGAAGGGCAAACAGUGGCAGCGGGCGCAGGCGCUGUUGAGCGAGAUGUGGAAGGUGAAGCUGGAGCCUGGCGUCUCAUCUACAACGCUGGGAUCAGUGCUAGCGGGAAAGGUCAGCAGUAGCAGCGGGCCCUGUCGCUGAUCAGGGCGAUUGUCGAGACGAAACCGGAGCCC